AUGCGUUCAUUUAUUCCUUUGGCGGCUGCCGCAUCGGUCUUGGGCGGAUUCACCACUACAGUCUCUGCUCAGCAAAAUGACGACGACAUUCCCUUUUCGGCCUGCCCUCUCGUAGGAGCGUACUACCCUCCUCCGACCAUCGACAAGUCGUCCAAGACUUUUUCUCAACUUCAAUCAAAGUUCGCUGGAGUUUUUGAUGACCUAAUCAAGAAUGGCGGAAGCGAGGACUAUGGUCCUAUCUCGGCAAACACCACUUCUUUCUCCGUGGUUCUCUUUGGAGGUGCUGAAUCUCUUCGCGAUGAUCCGGUCUUUUUCGAGUACCACUACACCUCUCCCGAGGAUCAGGCUGCCACAAAGACCAACCUCACCUCGACAACGAAGUUCCCCGUUGGCGAUUUGACCAUGGUGUUUACCGUGUAUGCAUGGCUGGUCAAGAAUGGCGACAAUUGGGAGACUCCCAUCACCAAGUACCUGCCAGAGUUGGCGAGGGUCAAAGGAUCGCUGACGGUGCCUUGGAAAGAUGUCACGAUUGGAUCUUUGGCUGGUCAAAUGUCUGGACUCAGUCGCCAAUCCCAAGCGUGUGCCAUUGGCGAGCCUUGCAAUUAUGCAUCCUUUGUCCGCGAUUUCGCAAACAAGCCUCCCGUUUUCCUCCCCGAUUCAACUCCGAUUGUGUCGUACGCUGCCUUCCAGCUGCUCGCCUUUGCCAUGGAGAGGCAAGACCGACACAGAGGGAGAAAGAAUUCUUGGGGUUCUGUUCUCGACGAUGCUCUGCUGCACUCUUUGAACAUGAAGUCCAGCGCUCUGCUGUGCCCUGACGACACAGACGUGUUUGCCAUUGACGGACUGAACCUUUCGCAAAUCGGCGAACCUGGUGCCUUGUCCCUCGUCAGCUCAAUCGAGGACCUUGCCCGAGCCGGUCAUUCCAUGCUGUCUUCCACUCUUCUGUCACCUGCAGUCACUCGACGAUGGCUCCACCCCAACAUGGACACAUCCAACCUGCGCAACGGAGUUGGCCGUCCUUGGGAGGUCUACCGUGCUGGAUCCACCGCCAUCUCGCCCGUUCUGGAUGUCUUAACCAAGAGCGGCACAAUCGGACAGUAUGCUAGCUACUUUGGUCUCACGCCUGACUUUAACGCCGGUUUCGCUAUUCUUGCGCAUGAUAGCACUGUCGAAGACCGCAAGCUUGAUCUCAACGUGUAUGCCGACAUUGUCAGCGAGUCGCUUGGCUACAUGCAGGCCUUUGCAGCCAAGGAGUUGGCACAGCGCUAUGCAGGCACCUACCAGGCUGCUAACGGAGGUGCGGCUGUUCUCAACAUUACCGAUAACGGCCCAGGUCUAGAGAUCCAGAACCUCACCAUCGGCAAGGUGGAUGUCAAGGCGGAGACGGCCAAGAAGCUUGGAAUCAAGGUCGCCGAGUUGGAUUUCAGAAUCUACCCUACCAACGUGCAGGACAAGUCCAAGCACCAAUUUGUUGCCGUGUUCCAGGACAGGAGCGCUCCUAUUGACAUGGGGACACCAACUUGUAUUACCUGGCAGGAGGUUGGUGCCGUUGCUGGGGUUGAGGAGACUCUUGUCUUUCUUCUGGGUAAGGAUAGGAGCGUUGUUGGUUUUGAGCUUCCUGAGGCCAAGGUGAAGUUUGAGCGGGCGCCAUGA